AUGGGCGUCUGGUGGUCCCAGGGCCGGUGCGGCCGUAUCUGCUCCGCCGUCUCAGCCUCCGUCACGCUCAGCUCUUUCGUCUGGCUGUCCACAUUCACUGGACUCAAGCUCGUACUGGAUCCACCGCAACAGCUCGAGGACAUCGCACUCUGCUGUUUCGUUAUUGUUCUCUGUUCCGGAUUUCUUGCCAAGGUCGUGUUCUUCAUCUAUAAAAGUGACGCCCUGCGAGAACUGCUGCAGCUGCUGUCCGACGCCAGGAGAAACUACGGGGACGGCGAAAGCAGUCGGAGCAUCCGGCGCCGAUACCAGAAGCUGUCACGGCGCCUAUACCUCUGCAUGCAGGUGGCUGUGCUGCAAGGACUCGCCGCGUGGGUUUCCACGCCUGUGUUGGUGCGCGUCUUCCUCAGCUCUGACCAGAACUCGCUUGAAUCAGCUCGCCAGUUCCCCGUACCCCUGUGGUUCCCUGGAAAUAUGUACUCGUCACCAACAGUGAUAAGCUGGUCGACUCGGCUGUCAGCUGUGGCUGGGCCGACUGUGACGCCCGCUUCAAGAGGAGCCUCCUCGUCUUCAUGA